AUGGAACAAAGAGGAUGCGGGGCAUGGCGGGAGCGACGGCAGUGGGUUGUGUUCAUGGUUGCUUUGGUUCUCUUUUGGAGCGGAGCUUCUGCUCAGAUAAGAUACUCCAUCUCUGAAGAGCUCAAGGAAGGAACUGUCGUGGGGAAUGUAGCUAAGGAUUUGGGAAUAGAGCUGAGCACAUUGAAGGAUAGGGGAUUUCGAAUCGUAUCUGGCUCGACUGAUCCCCUUUUUCAGGUAAACCAGAAUGACGGCAUCUUGUAUAUGAACCGAAAAAUAGACAGAGAGGAAGUGUGUGAACGGAGCAGCGUUUGUUUAAUCAAUCUGAAAACCGUUCUAGAGAACCCGCUGGAGAUCCAUUAUGUCGCGGUGGAGGUGUUAGAUGUUAACGACCAUUCCCCCAGCUUUCCCGAGACAGAGAAACGGUUGGAGAUUUCAGAAUCUGCGUUACCGGGAGCGCGAUUUCAGCUGCCAGCUGCGCGCGACUGGGAUGGUGGCCAAUUCUCUGUUCAACAAUAUAAAUUCAGUCAUAGUGAACAUUUCCGUGUCGAGGUCAAAGACCGAGGUAAAGAUGGUAAGAUGCCGUUUUUGAUUUUACAAAAGCAACUAGAUAGAGAAACAGUAAAGAGCCACAAACUCCUCCUCACUGCCAUUGAUGGUGGAAAUCCCCCGAGAUCUGGAACUAUUGAAAUAACUGUCGAGGUAUUAGAUGUUAAUGACAACACACCUCUAUUCACUAAAAAUGUUUACUCUGUAAUGUUAAAUGAAAACUCUCCCGUAGGCACAACUGUUAUUCAGGUCAACGCCACUGAUUUAGAUGACGGUGUCAACGGACAUGUAAUAUACUUAUUCGGUAAUGACGUGAAUAGCAAAAUACAGAAACUUUUUGAUUUAGAUGCCGAAACUGGUAAAAUAACGGUUCGAGGUCAAAUCGAUUUUGAGAUACAAGAUAGCUAUGAGAUUGACAUACAAGCGUCCGAUCAAGGAGUUGCUCCACUAACAACAGACAAAAGUGUGAUCAUAAAGAUAGUUGACGUUAACGACAAUGAACCCGAGAUAGAAGUGACAUCCUUUUCCAACGCCAUUCCCGAGGAUUGUAGACCCGGAACUACUGUCGCAUUAAUCAGUGUUAAUGAUAUGGACUCUGGUCUCAAUGGGAAAGUGAUCUGCUCUAUAAAUGGCGAGGACGUCCCUUUUAAACUAAUGCCGUCUUUACAGGACAACAUAUAUUCUGUAGUCACCAAGUCACCACUGGAUAGAGAGAAACAGGCUCAUUAUGACGUUAUAAUUUUAGCUAAAGACGCAGGCCAGCCUUCCUUGACAUCUGUAAAGACUAUUAUUAUUGUUGUAUCAGAUGUAAAUGAUAACAGUCCAGAGUUUUCACUGAGUCCUUAUACUUUCUAUGUCGUUGAGAAUAACGACCCAGGAGGCUCAGUAUUUUCAGUGAGUGCCUCAGAUCGCGACAUAAAUGAAAACGCACUGAUUUCAUAUCAUAUUCUGAGAGGCAGCGACGAUGAGAAAAAAUGGGCAUAUUUUCUUAAUAUUAAUUCUGAAAAUGGGAACAUAUUGGCUCUAAAAAGCUUUGACUUUGAAACCUUAAAAAUGUUCCAAUUCCAAGUUGUAGCUACAGACUCUGGAACUCCGUCACAAAGCAGUAACGUCACAGUCAACGUGUUCAUUCUGGAUCAAAACGACAACGCUCCAGUGAUCUUGUAUCCAGUCAGCGCUAACGGUUCUGCUGAAGGUGUGGAGGAGAUUCCCCGCAAUGUGAACGCAGGCCAUUUGGUGACUAAAGUGAGAGCUUAUGACGCUGAUAUAGGAUAUAACGGCUGGUUAUUAUUUUCGCUGCAGGAAGUUACUGACCACAGUCUCUUUGCUUUGGACCGCUAUACUGGACAAAUAAGGACACUUCGGUCAUUCACAGAGACAGACGAGGCUGAGCAUAAACUGGUCAUACUGGUAAAAGACAAUGGGAACGUUUCACUGUCAGCAACAGCUACUGUGAUUAUCAAGGUUGUGGAGCCCAAAGAGGCUUUUGCUGCUUCUGAUGUUAAAAGUUCAGUAAAAGAUGACGAGGAGGAGAACAGCGUUACAUUUUAUUUGAUCAUUACUUUGGGGUCAGUUUCAACGCUUUUUCUCAUCAGCAUCAUCGUGUUGAUUGUAAUGCAGUGCUCCAAACCCACAGACUAUUCCUCCAAGUAUUUACAAGAUACGAAUAACGACGGGACACUGUGCCACAGCAUCCAGUACAGAUCCGGAGACAAUCGGUACAUGUUAGUUGGACCCAGAAUGAGUAUAGGUUCUACUAUUGUCCCGGGCAGCAAUGGGAAUACUGUAGUUCUUCCCGAACACAGGAUGAGAGCUUCUGGAGAGGUGAGGAGAUUGCCAAUGCUGGAGUAG